GUCGGCGCAUUGUCAAACCUUCCAGUCGCAUUUGGAGCCCAAGCUUUCCGAGAUAUCAGAGCGACUCGUCACUAAACAAAGCCCCAAGAAGCGAGGGGAGCAGAAAGAGUUUGAAAGGCGAAAAAAGUAAAAAGUCAAAAGAAACGGAGACGGAGACGAAGACAAAUACGAAUACGAAGACGACAAUACGAAUUGUACAAAUCGGAUGCGAGCGCGCGUGUGUUAGUGUCCAUUCAUUCAUUCGAGAACAAUAAAAAAGAAAUGAAAUACAAAAUGCAAUCGUCGCAGUUGCAGUUGCCGUCGGCGUCGCAGUAGGCGUCAGCAGAGGCAGAGUUCGCAGCAGAACAGUAGCAGCAGCAGCAGCAGCAGCAUCGAAAUUCGAAUCCGAAAGACAGAUCAUUUCUCAUAUGCGAAUCGAAACUCGAAGUGCGCGCAUCAAAGUCAAAUUCAAACGGCGAAAGAGUAACGGACAACGGCGAAUUGUUUUGUGCGCAAAAUAAAACUAAACAAAAAAACCAUAACAAAAAAGAAAACCAAAUAAAUGGAAUAUAAAGCCUGACCAGAACGUAAUUGAAAUCAAAUUAAAGGCGCGCCUUGCAAAAAUCCACAAAAAAACGGCAAGCAAAAGCCAUAAAGCCAGGGCGAUAAAAAAGAAAUUAUGCUCCAUUGUGCGAUUGUGUGAAAAGGUCAAGUGCCCGGCAGGCAAAGGGAAAAGCGAAAGAGACAGCAGAUAGCAGUUAGAAGAUAGAAGACAGUGGAGUUGGAGCUAUAGCUUAAUGUUAAUAGGCAAACGAAUGAACUCGUAAAAGGGCAAACACAUCGGCACAUCGGCACAUUGGCUAACAAGAAGAGCAGCAGGAAGAAGAAGAAGAGCAGGCCAGGCCCAAAUGACCGCAAGAUUCCCGUUAAUUCGAACAGCAGCUUCAACUACGAGCCAUUACGAGCACUUAUAUAGCAUAGCUAUAUAGUAUAGCUAGCUAGUAUAGCUAACUAACUUCCCAGCCGAACCAAGGAAGUGAACAACUUUCCUCCAGCAUCAGCCGCAGACGCAUAAAAGUUUGCUACUAUUUCAAUUUCAAUUGUUAACGAGCGAAAGCGCCGCUCGUCUCGUCUCAUCUCGUCUCGUCUCACAACACGUAUCUCUCCACACGCACGCAGCAAACAACAAAACAACAAAUCAUCGAGCAACUAAUAGGAAAAGUGCAGCAGACAGCAGCGAAAAUGCACCACAAACAGCAUCGGCAUCUCCCCGCCUCCGCCCCAAAAGCCACCCAAACAGAGGCCCACGGUCUUGGCCAGACUCCAAGCCAGAUCCAGAGAUGCAGCCAUAACCACAGCCCCAGUCUGGGCCACAGCUUUGGAGGAUCCAAGAGCCAGCGACAGCUGUUUGGCGCACUCUUGGCCAUGUUCAUGUUGGCGGCAUUUGCGUCGACCACCAGUGGCGCUGUGACAGACUCCCCCAUCAAGAUUAUCCGGCUGCCGGCGCAGGCGCCAGUUAUCCGCUAUCGCAGCGCGGAUGCGGCGCCGGACUCGUUGCUGAUCAACUACCGCCAGGAUGCGCAGCCGGAGCUGUCCUCCACACUGAUGCAGGCACCCGGAGCGGCGGCGGCUGCCUUGGAGUCGCUGCUGCGCGAGGAGAUGGAGCAGCAGCAGCUGGCACAGAUGGGCAGGCGGAAUAGGGCUAGCACCAGCGGCGCCGGCAACUGUCCUCGAUCCUGUCCACCGAGCAUUACCGUGGGCGCAGAGCCCGUGUGCGGCAGCGAUGGUCUCAUCUAUGCGAACAUAUGCGAGCUGCGCAAGAAGACCUGCUCCCGCAGUGGAGUGUCGCUGAUCAAGGAUGUGCGGGAUGGCUGCGAGCGGUCCAAGGGAUCGGACUGCAAGCAUCGCUGCAGCACGGAAAAGGAUCCGGUUUGUGGCACGGACGGAAGGACGUAUUUGAAUCGCUGCAUGCUGAGGGUGCAAUCGUGUCGCGUGGGUUUGGCUGCCGUGAAGCUGUCGCAUGUGGGUCCUUGCAGCAACACCAGCGCCGUUCGCGAAUCCUGUCCGGUGGACUGCAAUAGUGCUCCGAAGGAUGGACCAGUUUGCUCGUCCGACGGCAAUGUGUACAACUCCACGUGCGAGAUGAAGCUGAAAACGUGCGGACAGGGUGUGGUGAAGACCAGCCGGAAGCACUGCCAGUCCACACGAAUGUGCCGGGAAUCCUGCUGGCGUGUGGCACGGCCCACGUGCGGAUCAGAUGGACGCCUCUAUGCCAGUCCGUGUAAAAUGCGCUCUUCCAAUUGCGGCAAGCACGUCUUUGAGGUGCCACUGUCCUACUGCAUGUCGCAGGAGAGGCAUGGCGCCUCCGAUGCCUGUCCCACGGAGUGUGCCAAGUCGGAGACGGACUCCUCGUCGCAGUACGUGUGCGGCAGUGACGGUAACAUUUACUCCUCCCUCUGUGAACUCAAGAUGCUCAACUGCGGUCCGCAGCGCAAGUCCAUACAGAAAGUGAGCAUGGACAAGUGCAAGAAUCGACUGACGCGCUGCAAGCAGCUGCCUCCUUGCAAGGAUUUCAACAGCCUGUUCGGCUCCAUCUUCAGCUCGAAGCGAAAUGACAAGCUCUGCGGCACGGACGCCAAGACCUACAACAAUGAGUGCGAACUGGCCCACGCCACCUGCCUACGCGGCGUGAAUCUGGCCCACAUUGGACCCUGCACGGAUCUCAAUUCGCCGACGAAGGAUUGCGGGGAUGCCUGCACCCGGGCGGACUUGGAACAGCAGCCAGUGUGCGGUUCGGAUGGCAACACCUUCGCCUCCAUGUGCGAGUUCAAGCGGCGCACUUGCGAUCUCCGUGUGGUGCCCGUUUCACUCAAGAAUUGCGCUUUAACCGCUGACUGCGAAUCGGAUUGUGAUGCCCAGCCGCCAAGUUUCGUUUGCGGUUCGGAUAACAACCUGUACAAGUCCGAGUGCCACAUGCGCAAGGAGAACUGUGGCAAGCACGUCUUUGUGGUGCCACUUAAACGCUGCCUUGCCGCCUUCCAGCUGAAAGGAUGUGCCCGCAUCUGUCCCAGGGAAUUCGAGCCCGUUUGCGGCAGCGACAAUAAAACGUAUCUGAACGACUGCUUCCUGGAGAUCGAGAACUGCAGGGCGAACCAGACGGUGAACGUCAACUACUACGGCGCCUGUGGCCGCCCCGAAGCGCCAUCCACUAACUUCCUUUACUAGGACGUUGGCGUGGCGCCUCCAUUUCACUUGGCAUUUAAUAUUUGUAGGCUAUAGUCUUGUAUUGUACUUUUUUAAAACGAUAUUUAUUGUGUUUGAAUUAAAGCCCCCAACGAACUUACAA